CAAUAGAUCGGUGCUAUAAUACAAAGCAGUAAAAGCGGUCGCCUCACACAAGCGGCUGCAGCUCGACUAGAGAUCCCGUGGCUUUUAAUUCCUUCACUACUUUUUUUUUUUUAAACCCUCCUUCGAUGUGCCCCGUUAUUACCAUUUGUCUGAGGCGUUCAUUUCCGCACCUGCCACAGUAGAGACCAGGCGAAGGCGAAGUAGAGGAGGAGACAAGGGCAUUGCGAGAGCCGGGAGAGGCAGACGGUAUAGAGAUAGCAGCGGCGACUCGUUUGAGAUCUUAUAAAGGACAAAAAGAAAAUGCUGCUCUGGACCAGAAUCGUAUUGGUCGGUCUCAUCUGCUUGUCCUUGGUGUCCUCUGGGAUGGGAUGCGGACCGGGCAGGGGCUACGGCAGGAGAAGACACCCGAAGAAGCUGACACCUCUUGCGUACAAGCAGUUCAUCCCCAACGUGGCGGAGAAGACCCUCGGGGCAAGCGGUAGAUACGAAGGCAAGAUCACAAGAAACUCCGAGCGAUUUAAAGAGCUGACUCCCAAUUAUAACACAGACAUCAUAUUCAAGGAUGAGGAGAACACCGGUGCCGACAGGCUAAUGACUCAGAGAUGUAAAGACAAGUUGAACUCUCUGGCCAUCUCGGUGAUGAAUCAGUGGCCCGGGGUGAAGCUGCGGGUCACCGAGGGAUGGGACGAAGACGGACACCACUUCGAGGAGUCGCUCCACUAUGAGGGCAGGGCCGUGGACAUCACCACCUCGGACAGAGACAAGAGCAAGUACGGCACUCUGUCCCGGCUGGCGGUGGAAGCCGGAUUCGACUGGGUCUACUAUGAAUCCAAAGCCCACAUCCACUGCUCCGUGAAAGCAGAAAACUCCGUGGCAGCAAAGUCAGGCGGCUGCUUCCCGGGCUCCUCCACGGUCACGCUUCAGGAUGGCACCGAGAAGGCGGUCAAACACCUCCAAACCGGCGACCGGGUCCUAGCAGCAGACGACGACGGAAAACCGAUUUACACAGACUUCAUCAUGUUCAUCGACCAAGACUCAACGACUAGGAGGCUCUUCUACGUGAUCGAGACCGUCUCGGGCCAGAAAAUCACCCUCACGGCGGCGCACCUCCUCUUCGUCAGCCGCAACACCACGGAGGGGGAGCGGAUGUCGGCGAUCUUCGCCAGCCAAGUCCGAUCCGGACAAAAGGUGUUCGUGUUUGAUUCCGAGCGAAGUCGACUCGAGCCCGUGACCGUAAAACGGAUUUACACGCAAGAGCACGAGGGCUCCUUUGCGCCGGUGACCGUGCAGGGGACCGUCGUGGUGGACCAGGUCCUUGCGUCCUGUUACGCAGUGAUCGAAGACCACGACCUGGCGCACUGGGCCCUGGCACCCGUCAGGCUCGCCCACUGGGUGUCCUCGUUGCUUUUCAGUUCCCAGCCUCGAGUCAGCGCACAGAACGACGGAGUGCACUGGUACUCCAAGAUCCUUUAUCAAUUAGGAACAUGGCUCUUGGACAGCCACUCGAUCCAUCCACUUGGGAUGUCAGUAUUCUCAAGUUGAAACCUCUACUACGGGAGCAGAAUGAGACUUACAUGUAGGACACACGAACUAUUCAGUAGAUUAAAUAAAAUAAAAUAAUAAUAAUAAUUAAAAAAAACGAACGAACAAACAAACAAGACAAAGGCCCCAGCGGAGUUGGGAUAUUUAUUUCAGUGACUUUUCCAUGUGUCCCCUUUCAAAGAAUGAAUGGAGCCUUAAAAAAGUUUCUCUUUGAAUAAUUUAUUCUCAUGUGAACUCGCUGCUGUCACACAAAUGGAUUCUGAAACGGUGUGCGCAGCAAAUUGUGCAUAAUCUAUUUUUGUAUAUCUGAAAUGCAAAAAAAAAAAAAAAAAAAAAAAAAAAAAAAAAAAAAAAAAAAAAAAGACAGAAAAAAUGGAAAAAUAAAAAAUAUCGCCAAGAGGAAGAAGAAGAUGUAGAAAGGAGCAAACGUUGACAGGUUGUAAUGUUCAUAUGUGCAUAUGUGUGCAACUGACUGUUAUAUUUUGGGGAGAACAAACUUCGCGGGGUUCCAUAAAUUAUAUUUUUAUACACAGAAUUGUAAAUUAGAUUUUGACAGAUCGCUACCGAAUCACAUUUCGUUAUUUGAAAUAGUGUAAGAUAUGAGAAUAUAUUUUAAUUUAAAUACAGUAGUUGGGAAAGUAUUGGAAAAUCUUGUACUGCUUGGUUUAUUAAGAAUUUUAUUAUUUUGGAAACUGUUCGUUUAAGUUGUCGGAGAGGGACAGAUAUUCUGCCUCAUGUCUGCAUUCUCUGCUUUUUCUUUUUUUGUCUUCUUUCUAUUUUUCUGUUUUCCUCUGAGAAAAAUAUUAAAUGCAGAUUCUGACAAUUCAGUAACAGUUAAAGUAGUACUGAAACAGUUUCGUUAAAUAAAUUAAUAAGUAACUCCUGUAAAUGUACUAAAAUGUAUUUUUCUUUUCAUAUUUUGUAAUAGGGAAAUAGUUUUAUAGAAAUGACCUGCGGCAGAUGCAAAGUUUGGAUAGUCUAUAUAGCCAGACCAUACCAGUUAACUUUCAUAACAGGGCGAUGCGUCAAAAAUGUCUAGAGUUUAUUAUUUAUAUGUUUAUUACAAAAAUGAGAUAAAGAAAAUCUUCAAACUUGCAGUUGUUACAUGUCUUUGUCUGAGUGAACUUCACAGUAAACACAAGAGGGGAACAUUUGAACAUUAGGAGGCAUUUUCCGGCCAAAUUAAGGUCGCAAAUGAGUUGUUGGAGCAGCUCAUCGAUAAUACAAAUUGUAUUGCGCUUCUCACUUUGAUCCAACAUGUGUUUUAUAACAAGGCGUUCAUUCUUUGGGCGGUUAUAAUUAACAUAUAAUUGUUUAACAUGGUAAUUGAACGAGCUUUAGCGGGAGAGCCAACACACA